GAUUGUGGGACAGUGGAGCGGUGAAUGGUGGAUGACCACACAACCGCUGAAAUGAAGAAAGAAAGUCAUUUGAGUUUGAGACGACAUCAGUGUGAGAUGUCUUCUUAAUGAUCAGGCGUCAAAAGACCACAAUCUUCACAGAUGCCAAAGAAUCCACAACCGUUUAUGAGUUGAAACGCAUUGUGGAGGGCAUACUGAAGAGAUCACCGGAGGAACAGAGACUCUACAAGGAUGACCAGCCGCUAGAAGAGAGUAAGACACUGGGAGACUGUGGCUUCACAAAUCAGACAGCAAGACCACAGGCCCCUGCGACUGUAGGACUGGCCUUCCGUAUCACCGAUGAUGCGUUUGAGCCCCUGCAGGUGGAGCCGUUCUCCAGCCCUCCUGAACUUCCUGAUGUCAUGAAGCCUCAGGACUCUGGCAGCACAGCCAAUGAGCAGUUAGUACAGUGAGCGUGACCACAGAAUGACUAGAGUAGCAUGAGCAUACUGAAAUAACACAUCAGGAUGAGUAAAGAUUUCGGGGAUAUAAGAAACCAAAAAGUUCACACCAGUCGCCACCCACCGCUGAACUAAAGCCAAUUACAAAAUGUCCUGAGAAGCACCAAGAAAUAAGAUUACUGUUGUUGUUGAUAUGUAUGUUUACUUUAUUAUCUGGACUGACAUGCUAUUUUCCGUCUCAAGUGACUGACCUCAUUUUGAAUGUCAAACCCGUUUUCUUUGCCUGAGUGAUAUUUGAUGCACUGGAGAGAAACUGUUCCUUUAAGAGGCUGUUUACAUCAUUUAUUAGAAAAAACAAAAAGAACUGAGGUUUAGCAGCGCAAAUGGCACACAGGGAAGCUCUUUAAAUGCAGAUGUGCAUGUAUCAGUUUUAACAUGUUACACUUGGACUCAUGCAGGAAACCUGUGUUAUCUUUUGAUGAGGAAAGCUUUUCAGUUUGAUCUCUGUUCACCUCUGUAUGCCCUGCAGCUGAUCUCUAGUGUAAUUUAUGUUUUUUAUUAUGAUUAAAACCUUUAGAUAACAAGCUA